AUGUUGCUGUUGUCAGGCGGGUCUAGGCCAAGCUUCAAGAUAAUCGGUCUAACUCUGAUAUCAAUCAUCGCCUUGCUUACUACCCAAGCAGCGGCUCAUAGUGCUGUGAUUAAUUAUGUGAUUGGCGUACAGCUACGUCGGCUUCAGCCCAGCCCCCUCCCCCAAACCAUCCAACGCCAACGGCCCUACUACAACUUCACCCUGACCGUCACCGACGCCAAAGUAAAAUGCAGCGGAGGCACCUCCGUCGGCUCCACUGUCAAAGCCAUCUGGGGCCAAUGGACGCACCAGCAAGGCCCUGCCAUGGUUUGGCUGCACAAAUGCAACGGCGCCUUUUCCACAUGCGACGGCCCUGGGCAGGGCUGGUUCAAGAUCGACCAGAUGGGGAUGACCGCGCCGCCCUUAACCGGCACGCCCUGGGGCACUGCGGUCGUGUAUAAUGAUCCAGCGUGGACGAGCACGAUCCCCGCGAGUCUGGCGCAGGGGAACUGUCUGAUUAGGCAUGAGUUUCUGGCGCUGCAUCAGGCGGAUACGCUGCAGUUCUAUGCGGAGUUUGCGCAGAUUGUGGUGACGGGGGGUGGGAGAUUUGUGGCGACGAUUCCGGGGUAUACGAGUCAGAGCGAUCCGGGGGUUAUGUUCUGCGACGACGUAUACGCCUCCGGGGCCUGCUGUAUGGACGGGGUAAAGGUGAGAGUGCUGGAGAGAUGUGCCUUCAUGGGAAGAAUGGUAAAGUAG